GUUGUGAAGCAGCAGUUCUACAUCAUUGGAGCUGUGACUCUCAACAAUCUACUGCUGCGUAAAGACAUGUGCUCCUGGAGCAAAGGCAUGCAGAUCAGGUAUAACGUGAGUCAGCUGGAGGAGUGGCUGCGUGACAAGUCUCUGAUGCUGUGUGGAGCCAAGGAGACUCUGGAGCCUCUGAUUCAGGCUGCUCAGCUGCUGCAAGUCAAGAAGAAGACGGACGAAGACGCCGAGGCCAUCUGCUCCAUGUGCAACAGCCUGUCCACAUCUCAGAUUGUGAAGGUGUUGAACCUGUACACUCCAGUCAACGAGUUUGAAGAGAGGGUGUCUGUUACCUUCAUACGAACCAUACAGACUCGUUUGCGGGACCGCUGUGAGACUCCUCAGCUGUUGAUGGACACUAAGAUCAUCUACCCAGUCACCUUCCCUUUCAACCCUCCUCUCUGGCCCUGGAGACUAUCCAAAUACCAGGCUCCCUCAACCUAGCCUUCCUUACCCGCGUCUACACACACACACACACACACACACACACACACACAUACACAACUAAUAGAUAGGCUAUACAUAUGUACACAUGCAUACACAAAUCAUUCUCUUCCUAACACAUCCAAACACUUACAUACAGUGCACACACACAUACACACGCUCAGCCUCCACCCUACGGUAGUCUUUGUAUCAGUAGUUGAAAGCCCAUCGUCCUCCGCGUGUACAAAUGCUCAACUCUAAGAGAAUGCACCGCUACAGGCCACCUUUUCUCCUAUCUUACCCCCUUUUACUAAGCUACACUCCCCACCUAUAACCCCAUUUAAGACCUAGUACCGUGUUCCCCCAGUCCUCUUUUCUCCUCUUUGUUCUCUUCUCAAUAGUGUAGUGUUUUCUAGCAGUCCGGUUCUCCCAUAGGAAUGUAUUACUGUACACUUAAGCUAGCUGUCCAGGGCUAGCAUCACAGCUAGCUAGCUCCUUCAGCUAAGCUCAGCUAGCAUCUGUUGUGUUAUGAUAGGAUGCUAGCGCUUCCACAGUUAUCUAGCUAGCAUCAGUUUUGAGUACAUCGUUAUCAACUCACCCACUGAACACAUUCAAGCCAAGUGCAGUACCAAUUGUCUGUACCAUACUUUUAUACAUAUAUAAAUACAUAUAAAUAUUAAUAUAUAUAUAUAUAUCACGCUAGGGUGUUUUAUUUAUUGCAUUUAUCUCACUCCCUUUCCUAAAAUAGGUUUUUCUUUGCAGACAGAAAACAUGGAUACCGUAGACUUGUAGGCUUAUCUCUCCAGCUUUCCAGACCGGAGAGAAGUAUGGCCAUGGAAAGACCACUAGAGUCCUGUAGUAUUAGAAUUAUGUCUACAGCAGAUGAUCUAUGCAGUCUCAUUUAGUUAGCACUAUUUAAUGUAGCUUUUUAUUUGUUUAGCUCAUGAUGUAUUGUGCUUUAAGAUCUCUCUGCCAUAGCUUUGUCCUGCUUUAACCUGCUUCUCUAGUAGAUCUGUACUUUAGCACCACUGCACCAGAGGUUGAAAUAGAGGAUUAGACUGGAACAGAGGUUGAAAUAGAGGAUUAGACUGGAACAGAGGUUGAAAUAGAGGAUUAGACUGGAACAGAGGUUGAAAUAGAGGAUUAGACUGGAACAGAGGUUGAAAUAGAGGAUUAGAC